AUGCUGGGGGUGCCGGGCUCUCCCCUGGCUCACCCUGCCACCCCUUGCCUCCAGGUGCACAGCCUGCAGGAGCUGAGGCGCAGCGCGUCCCUGGCCACCAAGGUCUUCGUGCAGCGGGACUACAGCGAGGGCACCACGUGCCAGUUCCAGACCAAGUUCCCUCCCGAGCUGGAGAGCCGGAUAGAGCGCCAGCUCUUUGAGGAAACAGUGAAGACCCUUAACAGCUUCUACGCGGAGGCGGAGAAGAUCGGGGGCAGUUCGUACCUGGAGGGGUGCCUGGCCUGCGCCACUGCCUACUUCAUCUUUCUCUGCAUGGAGACGCACUACGAGAAGGUCCUGAAGAAGAUCUCCAAGUACAUCCAGGAGCAGAACGAGAAGAUCUAUGCGCCGCGGGGACUGCUGCUCACCGACCCCCUGGAGCGAGGCAUGAGGGUUUGCCCUGAGGAGAAGAGCCCCUGCCUGGGUGCCAGGCUGGGCUGA